GUCAUAAUAAGAUCGAAUUAUAAUUAUGCAAUAAGACACCUAAUUGAGGAUUGGAGAUUGGACUUUUGAUUGCUCUGUUGAAUUAGGAAAAGGAACUUAUGGAUUAGUUAUACCUUGUUAUAAAAAAGAUUAAAAACCUGAUGAAAGGUAUUGUGCAAAAAUAAUUCCUAAAAAUAACAUUUAUUUGAGAGAUGAUUAACUAUAAAAAUCAAUGUAGAAUGAGAGAAAUAUGUAUAACAUAUUGUCAGAUGUUUAAUGUGAAAAUGUAGUAAAACUUAUUAAAAAAGAAGAAAAUAAUGAAUUUAUGUUUUUGGUUAUGGAACUCUGUGACUCUGACCUAUAGAAAGAGUUUCAAUUUCUAAAGGAAAACAAAAAUUGGUAUACUCCUGAGUAAUAAAUAGAUAUGAUUCAAUAAAUUACAAAGGGAGCAUGCUUUUUAAAAGAAAAUAAUAUAAUUCAUAGAGACAUCAAGCCUUCUAACAUACUUGUUAAAUAUGAGAGGGAUGAAAAUAAUAGAUUAAGGAAAGUUUAUAAAGUAACAAAUACAAUAAAUAAUCUAGCUAGCAGAUUUCAGCCUUUCUAGAACUGUAGAUAAUAUGUAUUAAAAAGCAAAUCUUACCUUAGUUGGUUCCUUUAACUAUUAUGCCCCUGAAAUCUAUAAUCUUGCACAAUUUUCAUCAAAGUGUGAUAUUUACUCUUAUGGUUUACUCUUCCAUCAAAUAUUAUUUAAUGGAGCACUACCAUUUAAUGAAAAAGAAGGUUAAAUGAAGCAUUUUGAAGAAAUCAAAAAGAAAAAUUUUGAAUGCAAAAAACUUGAUAGGAAAUAUGGAAGUCUAAUGACCAGGCUUGUUGAGAGAAUGAUUGUAUAUUCUGAAGAGGAAAGGAUUAAUUUUGAAGAAUUAUAGCAACUUGAAAUUAUGAAAUUGAAAGUGGAAAUAUCACAAACUUCUAUCUACGCGCCAAAUUUUAAUAGAAGAAGUAAAAUUGAAAAUGAAGCAUUGAAUAGUUAAAUCUAACAAUAAGAGAAGGAGCAAAUCUAUAAAAUAUUAGAUAUUUACUAUCGUAAAUCUCUAUUAUGUCAAGAUGUUGUAGACCAUUUGAAAUAAAAAUUUUAAUCUCCAGAUCAAUAUCUGCUAACAAUUUAAGUAUUAAUUCGCUAUAUUGGAUUUUAUUAAAUAAAAUAUGCACUUUCUCUAAUUAUUUUCACUCAUGCUGGUUUGGAAAAUGAGAUUUACAAAUAAUUUACUACAUUAAUACGUUUUUAAAACAUGGUAAAGGAGUAUUUAAAAGAAGAGCAGGUAGAGAAAUAUUUGCAAAUGAAUUAAACAAUUAGAAAAACAUUUCAUUCAUUAGGACCUCAACUUAGAACAGAAGUCAAUUAACUUAUAUAAAUGAACUCAAACUUGAAAGAAUCUCAAAAAAUAAAAUAAGAAUACUAAAUUUUAAAUGCAAAACUCAAUGUAAUACUAUAAUCAGAUGACAAAAAUAUCGAUUGUAGUAUCUUUUUUGAUGAACUAAAUGAUUUGAUGAACAUCUAAGCAGUGCCUUACAGAAACAAAUUUGAUUAAAAUGGUAUAUUAUAUGCACUAUAUUCUUUAGACUAUGAUAAAAUUAAUCGAAUAGCAAGUCUCUAAAAAAUGUUUCAGAUCGAGAACUUUAAAAUUAUUGAUGUGAAUUUAAUCUACAAUCCAAAUCAAUUUUGA